AACUCACAAGCAAAUCCAUGUGUUCGGAUUUCGCAUAUUCUCUCUACGUCUAUCUCUCUGAGUUCUCAGUUUAGGGCUUAGGACUUGGGCCUUUUUCUACUUUCUCAAUCUGUCUGUCUCUCUCUAUUUUUAUGUAUUAAUCUAUUCUUGUUUCGUUUGGAGUAUCCAUCUUUAUCUUUCUCUCUAUAUAUAUAUUUGUGCGUUAACUGUUGUUUUGUUUGAGUUUGGAGUGAGCGGAGUGCGAUGGGAGUUCCGGCAUUCUACCGGUGGUUGGCUGAGAAGUAUCCGUUGGUGGUGGUGGAUGUUAUUGAGGAAGAACCGGUUGAAAUCGAUGGCGUUACGAUUCCGAUCGAUACUAGUAAACCUAACCCUAACGACCUCGAAUUCGACAACCUCUAUCUCGACAUGAAUGGGAUUAUUCAUCCUUGUUUUCAUCCCGAAGACCGGCCUUCUCCCACCACUUUUAAUGAGGUGUUCCAGUGCAUGUUUGACUAUAUAGAUAGACUUUUUGUAAUGGUGCGACCCCGCAAGCUGCUGUACAUGGCUAUUGAUGGUGUUGCCCCAAGGGCUAAAAUGAAUCAGCAGCGGUCUAGGCGUUUUAGAGCAGCCAAAGAUGCGGCAGAUGCGGCGGCUGAAGAAGAAAGGUUACGAGAGGAGUUUGAGAGGGAAGGCAGAAAACUUCCGCCGAAAAAUGAAUCACAGACUUGUGAUUCUAAUGUUAUCACUCCGGGAACUGAAUUUAUGGCUGUUUUGUCAAUUGCUCUUCAGUAUUAUAUCCAUCUCAGAUUAAACAAUGACCCUGGGUGGAAAUCUAUAAAGGUUAUCCUUUCUGAUGCAAAUGCUCCCGGGGAAGGGGAACAUAAAAUUAUGUCAUAUAUUCGUCUUCAAAGAAAUCUUCCUGCUUAUGAUCCAAAUACGCGCCAUUGCCUUUAUGGUCUGGAUGCAGAUCUAAUCAUGUUGGCUUUGGCUACCCACGAGGUUCAUUUUUCAAUACUCAGGGAGGUUGUAUUCACCCCUGGACAACAAGACAAAUGUUUCAUAUGUGGUCAAGUGGGUCAUUUAGCGGCAAAUUGUGAAGGAAAGGCAAAGAGAAAGGCAGGGGACUUUGAUGAGAAAGGUGGUGGUGAUGUGGUUAAAAAGCCCUACCAGUUUCUCAACAUUUGGACUCUUAGAGAGUAUUUGGAAUAUGAGAUGAGAAUUCCAAACCCUCCGUUUGAGAUUGAUUUUGAGUGCAUUGUUGAUGACUUUAUCUUCAUGUGCUUCUUUGUCGGCAACGAUUUUUUACCGCAUAUGCCCACGCUGGAGAUUCGUGAGGGUGCGAUUAACUUGCUGCUUGCUAUAUAUAAGAAGGAAUUUAAGGCUUUGGGUGGAUACUUGAGUGAUUCCAGCAAGCCAAAUCUGAGCAGGGUUGAGCAUUUCAUUCAGGCUGUGGGAUCUUACGAAGACAAAAUAUUUCAGAAAAGAGGUCGAUUGCAUCAGAGACAAGCUGAAAGAAUCAAGCGUGGAAAGGCACAAGCAAAAAGAGGGGAUGAUGUAGAACCUCAAUUUAAACCUGAAUCUCUCGUUCCUGUUGCUCAGUAUCACGGUUCUCGUCUUGCUUCGGCUCCUUCACCUUCACCAUAUCAACAACACAGUUCAAAAAGCUCAAUAUAUAAAAAAAAUGGACAUCAGAAUUCCAUCGUGCGUGAACCAGUCCCUGACACUUGGAAUAAGCGGUCUGGGACAUCUGAUGGUACAGUACCCCAUGGUCGGUCUAAAAAAGUUGCACGAUUGUCUUCUGGGGCGACAAUUGGUGCUGCCAUUGUUGAAGCAGAGAAUAGUCUUGAAAUAGAAUCUCAAGAACAUGAAAACAGAGAAGAAAUGAAAGCAAAGCUAAAGGAUUUACUUCGUGAGAAGUCCGACAUGUUUAACUGUGAGAACCCAGAGGAAGACAAGGUCAAAUUGGGAGAGCCGGGGUGGAAAGAGAGAUAUUAUGAAGAAAAGUUCCCUGCGAAAACCCUCGAGGAACUUGAAAGAAUACGGAAAGAUGUUGUUUUGAGGUACACAGAGGGCUUAUGUUGGGUUAUGCACUAUUACUAUGAAGGGGUUUGUUCCUGGCAGUGGUUUUAUCCUUAUCAUUAUGCCCCAUUUGCUUCCGAUCUCAAGGAUCUUGGACAGUUGAAUAUAAGCUUUGAACUUGGUUGUCCGUUCAAACCGUUCAAUCAGCUGUUGGGGGUUUUCCCAGCUGCAAGUUCCCAUGCCCUUCCUGUGCACUAUAGGAAAUUGAUGACAGAUCCCAACUCACCUCUUAUCGAUUUCUAUCCAAGUGAUUUUGAAGUGGACAUGAAUGGCAAGAGGUACUCUUGGCAGGGUAUUGCCAAAUUGCCUUUCAUCGAGGAAGCUCGCCUUCUUGCAGAGGUUGAAAAGAUUGAGCAUACAUUGACGGAGGAAGAAGUGCGGAGAAAUAGUGUGAUGUCUGACAUGCUUUUUGUGGCAUUGUCUCACACCCUCUCUCCAUACGUAUUUUCUCUCAAUGAUCGUUGUAAGCAUCUGUCAGACAGAGAGCGAACUAAGGUUAAGGAGAAACUUGAUCCAAGGGCCAGGGCUAUGUGCAGUGGUGGAAUGAAUGGUUAUAUAUCCCUGUGUGCCGGAGAUCCUUGCCCACCAAUUUUUAGAUCACCUGUUACGGGAAUGGAAGACAUUAUGGACAAUCAAGUCAUAUGUGCUAUAUACACACUUCCAGAUGCUCAUAAACAUAUCACUCGGCCACCUGCAGGAGUUGUUAUCCCAAAGAAGAUUGUUACGGUCAGGGAUCUAAAACCUGAGCCUGCUUUAUGGCAUGAGGAUACAAGGAAGCCUUGGGAAAAUGGAAGGCGAAACCCCCCUAGAGCUGUUUCUGGCCAGCAACUCGGGGAGGCUGCACACCGACUUGUGGCUAACAGCUUACAGUUAAGAGCAGAUCGAAAUGGUUAUGGUGAUCAUAUGUAUACUUCAUCCCCAUCCUAUGCCGCUACCGCACAUGGACCACCUUUGUCCUCGUACCAAAAUAACACAUACCUUGGUCAGGAAUAUUACGGGAUGGUUCCGCCUGGAACAGGCUACCCUUCUUCUCAAAGUGCACGUGGUCAAUACUGGUCAUCAAAUCCCACUAAUGUGCAGAAUCACUUUAACCAUAUAUAUGUUCAACCAUAUGCUUCAUCUGCUGCCCAUGAUCCGUACAUUAGGCAACAUCAUCAGUAUGAGAGGAAUGACCAAUAUUCUACCGAGAGUGGAGAGUAUCCUUUGCAUGCCCCUCCACCAGGAUUCCAGCAAAAUGUUAGUAAUAGGUACCCUUCUCAUACCCCUCCACCGCAUCCAGUUCAAUCUAACAACAGUUUUGGGAGGUACCAAUCAUAUGGAGCUGCCAGCCAUCAUCAGUGGGGUGGUAGUACCCGGCCCCCACAGGCAAACCAGAGUGUCAGUGAAGGGUAUGAUCAUCGGCCUCAACGGGGAGGCAAUCAGUUCUCAGCUUUGGGUAGGGGAGGAAGUAGAAGGCCACCACCACGUGGGUACGACCGGUAGAGCAAAGGUUGUAGAAUAGCAGAAUGUUUAAUUUAUGAUGCAAGAAGAGGGGCCGUUUAACAACAUGAUAGGAGUUAUGUGUUGAAUUUUAUGCUUUCAAUAAACCAGAAUUGUAUAUUGUAUUUCCAUCUUUUAGCUAUAAAUGAUGGCUAGAAUUUCCUAUGCAUAUACUACUAUUAUUUGAGACAAUUUUGAAUAUUUGUUGGAUCGUAUGCCCUCAAGAAUUCCGCGGAGAGAGAACCAGAGCUGUUUGUAAGAGUUGAGGAGGGAAAGGGAAGGAAGAGGGGGGAGAAAAAGAAUUGAUUGGCUACACCAAGACAAUCAAAGUCCAAGCAGCAUUCCUCCAUUAGAUGAGUAAGAACUCCAUAACCUCAUUAAUGCUUGUACCAAAUUUGUUUUCAUGAUAACCUAACAAUACUCUAUAUUGAACCCUCAUUGCAACUUAAUUUUCAUUAUACUCCGUUUGAGAUUGCUUC